AUGAAUAACCGCAAACACAAGCGCGGCAAGGAUGGCGGCCGUCAGCACGAUGACCACCGCAACGGUAAUUCGACCGCUCAUCAACUUCAUCCUCGUACCAACGGCUCUUUUUCCAUAUCUACCGACGACGAUGGCACCCUCACACCUCCUCAGCAGAUCAUCCUCGAGAAGAGCAAGAGACCUCCGUUGAAAGGUAGGACGAGCUAUAGCGUCACAGCUCCAGGAACACCAUGGCACGAGCUCGAUCUUUCCGAGAUCCCCUUCUUGCGACAUGUGGACGAUGACACGCCCGCGAAACGCGGUCUUAUCCGAUAUCGCCGCCUUUUCUUCGUCUUUGGUGCUGCACUUGGCGCAGUCAUUGCCUUCCUCGCCUCGAGGAACGCCCAGAUGGCACAACACAUGUCCACUUUCCGCUCCCUCCUAGACGACUCCAUCGACGGUCUCGGUAUCGAUUUUCCAUCCAUUGACAUUGGCAUGCCAAAAGAGUUUGCCGAUAUGGGCGACAACCUCUUCAGUAGAUCCAGAGAGUGGUUCAAGAACAAAGACUUUGGCGUUGGUCGAGACUUGAAUCGUCGAGGCUACGUCGCCGACCAUCCCGUCAUCCUCAUUCCUGGUAUUGUCAGCACUGGUCUCGAAAGCUGGACCACCGACGAGCGCUCUUCGAGCUACUUCCGCAAACGUCUUUGGGGAACAGCCACAAUGAUGCGCACCAUCGUUUUCGAGAAAGAUAUGUGGGUCCGCCAUCUCUCCUUAGAUCCAGAGACCGGCAUCGAUCCUGCCGGCAUCCGAGUACGUGCAGCAGAGGGUCUGGAUGCAGCAAGUUUCUUUGCUGCAGGAUAUUGGAUCUGGAGUAAAGUCAUUGAGAACCUCGCCGUCCUCGGUUACGACACAAACAAUCUCUCCCUCGCCAGUUACGACUGGAGGCUGAGCUACUACAACCUCGAGAUUCGAGAUCGCUACUUCACCCGGCUCAAGCUCAAGAUCGAGCAGAACAAGGCUCUAUUCGGCCAGAAGUCCGUCAUUGUUGCCCAUUCGAUGGGUAGCUCUGUCUUCUUCUACUUCAUGAAGUGGGUCGAGGCCGAAGGCGAGUUCUUCGGCAACGGUGGACCCAACUGGGUCGAGGACCAUAUUGAAGCCUUCACUUCGAUCGCUGGUACUUUCCUUGGCGUGCCUAAAGCUAUGGCUGUCAUGCUCUCCGGAGAGAUGAGGGAUACCGUCGAGGUACCCCCUGCAGCUGCAUACCUACUAGAGAAAUUCUUCAGUCGUCGUGAACGUGCUAAGCUCUUCCGUACAUGGGCAGGUGGGGCCAGUAUGCUUAUUAAGGGAGGAGAAGAUAUCUGGGGUAACUCCACUUGGGCACCCGAUGAUGAGGAUGGCGCUGAGGACACGCACGGUCACAUCUACAGUUUUCGAACACCCGGCACCGAUCAGCAUGACCUUGAUGAGGACACCGUAAAGACGAAUCUCACAGCCACUGAGGCACACAAUUUCAUGCUCCAACACGCGCCAAGCUCAUUUCAGAAGAUGCUUGCCACCAACUACUCACAUGGCAUCGAACGGGAUUCAGAAAAGCUCGCAGCGAACAACCAAGAUCACACAAAGUGGAGCAACCCUCUCGAGGUGACCCUUCCCAACGCUCCAAGUAUGAAGCUCUACUGCAUCUAUGGCGUCGGCAAGCCCACAGAACGAUCUUACUGGUAUCAGCAGGGAGAAUACGUCGCUGAGGCCUCGAUCGGUGAACAGCUUGACGAGCCUGGCUGUUUCGGUCAAGCUUGUCCCGACGUUUCUCAUACUCCCGCACUCAAUUUUCCGACCGCUCGUCUAAGCUGGAUCGACCAUGCUGUUCAGAAGGAGGAUGCAUUGCCCAAAGUCCGUUCUGGUUGCAAGAUGGGCGAGGGUGACGGAACCGUCUCGCUCCUUUCCUUAGGCGCUAUGUGUGCCGAGGGAUGGAAGCACUCACAUUGGAACCCAGCCAACAUCAGCGUCGUCACACAUGAGCUGAAGCACGAGCCCGAAAAGUUAGACCUCCGAGGGGGCGAGUCGACCGCAGAUCACGUCGAUAUUCUCGGCGCAAAAGGCGUUAACGAAGCCAUUCUCAAGAUCGCUGCAGGAAGGGGUAAGGAGGUUGACAAUCAGUUCUUCUCGGACAUUCAGAAGUACGCUAAAAACGUCAAAUGGGUCACGGGCACGGCCGAAGGAUUUUAG